AAUUGUCGUUUGGUUAAAGAUGGAAACUAUCUCCCGGAAUGUGGGUUAACCUCACCCAUUGUCCCCGCGUAGAGAAGAAACAGAACAAUUCCUAAUUCAGCGGAAGGCCGGAAGCCAGCGAAAGCCUCGACGUCCAUUGCUCAUCUGGAAUGGCUGCCCCAACCAUCCCUCCUUUCACAACUCUGAUUCUUACUCCUCUUCCCUCUUACCUGUCAAAUCCUAACCUCCUUAUAUCAACAUCAGAUCCUCUCGGGUUUGGGGAAGAGGAAGAGAGCUCUGAAGAAAAAAGAAUCAGAGGAGGAGGGGAGGAGGAGGGACCAGAAAGAGAACCAAAUUCUACAAUUCCUUGGAAUGGUAGAAUUUGGUUUAUCUUUCACCUGAAAAGGAUCCCAACGCAUUCUGCUUCAACUUUGCGCCCAUAGAAACGGUUCUAAAGUUGUAGAACGUGCCGUGAAGUUACGCAGAGAUAAUUGUAUCGUGAAAUCCAAGUUCUAUCCAUGAAUAAGAGCAGCGGGCAACGAUACCUAGAUAAUGAAGACACAGGGCUUGUGGCUGUUGCAAUCGAUACGGACAAGGGCAGUCAGCACGCGCUGAGAUGGACUGCAGAUCAUCUUGCGUCCAAAGCACAGCCCUUCAUCCUCCUCCACGUCCGCAAGAAACCUCUUACCAUUCCAACCCCAAGUGGAAGGCAAGUUCCAAUUUCAGAAGUGAAUGAAGAGGUUGCAUAUGCUUUCCUUGAACAGGCUGACCUGCAAACAAAAGAAAUACUCCUUCCUUACCAGUGUUACUGCAAUAGACGAGGUCUACAAUACAAGGAGGUCAUUAUAGAUGACACAGAUGUACCUAGAGCUAUUGUCAAUUACGUUCUCCAGGAAAACAUUGAUAAACUUGUUCUUGGGGCAUCUUCAAGAAAUGCCAUUAUGAGAACCUUUAAGGGUGCAGAUGUACCUACCUCAGUUUCAAAAGCUGCUCCAGAAUUCUGUUCUGUGUAUGUUAUAUCGAAGGGAAGGAUUUCUUCAGUUCGACCUGCUACUAACCCUAACAGGCAUCCUGGAAAGGGACAAUCAAAUAAUGUGCUUGAGUCUUCUGCAAAGUUUCAGUCAACUAAAAGUGAGCCAAGUGUGCCUCCCCAAGUAGAUAUAGCUCCCCAUUGUCUAUUGGCAAGAAGCAAAAAGCUUGGACAUGGUCAUGAAGGUGGACUUUCCAUGAGAGGCUAUGAUUGCAAGAUGGCUGAAAAAAUUAACCUAGCUAUCCAAGGUGGAGGACAACUUGACUCCCCAUAUCAAAAUUCUGCUUCAUGUCCAAGCAGCAUCGAUCAGCAGGUUAAUUAUUAUCAACGAGAUAAUGCUGAUUUUGGGUCUCAGCGGCCACGCCUGCCAAAUCUGUACAGAGAUUACCCAGAUGAGCUAAAGAAAAGCUUUGAAUCAAAUAGAAGUGACCUAACAAGAAGCUUUGAAUCAAAUAGAAGUGAGCUAACGAUGAGCUGUGAAUCGAGUAGAAACAGCUUUGAAUCAAGUAGAAAUAGCACUGAUUCAAACAGAUCUGGCGGGCAAAUGCACAUCAUUGAAUCACAUAGAAUUGGUGGAUAUUUGAGAAGCUUUGAGUCAAAUACAUCCAGCUUGCCUAACUGGUCAGGAGCAUCAAGUUCAUAUGAACAUUCACCAUCUGCCUUUCAGGAGGAUUUAGAAUCUUUGGAAGAUGGGGAUGCUGAACUGAGAAGACUAAAACUUGAACUUCAGCAAACAAUGGACGUGUAUAAUAAAGCCUGCAAAGAUGCCUUGAGUGCACACCAGAUGGUCAAUGAUCUCAACUCAAGGAGGGCUGAGGAGGCAGCCAUUCAAAUGGCAGAAAAUGAAAGGGAGAGAUAUAGAACUUAUCCUGAAGCAUCUCAAAUUGCCCAGGUGGCUGAGAUUGAGACAAACAAGAGGAUCAAUGCGGAGAACAAAUUGUUACAAGAGAUGGAGAAUAAGAAAGUUUUUGAUUCGUUGUCAGUAGAUGUCCGGUAUAGGAGAUAUACCGCACAGGAAAUUCAAAAGGCAACAGAUUGUUUCUCCGAGGAUCUCAAGAUUGGUGAAGGUGGAUAUGGGCCCGUUUUCAAAGGUACCCUGGAUCACACACUUGUUGCCAUCAAGAUUCUACAGUCAAAUGCUUCUCAAGGAAUGAGACAAUUUCAACAGGAGGUAGAAGUUCUGAGCUGUAUUCGCCAUCCGAAUAUGGUCCUCCUCAUGGGUGCUUGCCCUGAAUAUGGAUCCCUUGUAUAUGAAUUCAUGGCUAAUGGCAGUCUGGAAGAUCGACUGUUCUGCCGGGACAACACUCCUCCUCUCUCCUGGCAGCUCCGGUUUAAGAUUGCUGCUGAGGUUGCCACUGGACUACUCUUCCUCCACCAGACAAAACCUGAACCCCUUGUUCAUCGUGACCUGAAGCCAGCAAAUAUCCUUCUUGAUAGUAAUUUCACAAGCAAGAUUGCUGAUGUUGGUUUGGCACGCCUUUUACCUCCCUCUGUUGCCAAAGAUGUAACACAGUACCACAUGACUGCCGCUGCUGGGACCUUUUGCUACAUUGACCCAGAGUACCAAAAGAGUGGAAUGCUGUGUAUCAAGUCUGACAUAUAUGCCCUUGGUAUCAUCUUCUUGCAGCUCAUCACAGCACGGCCACCAAUGGGGCUUGCUCACAACAUGGAAGAGGCAAUGGAAGUUGGUGAACUGGAGGAGAUGCUGGACCCUAAGGUGCCUGACUGGCCAAUGGAAGAGACAAUUCAGUUUGCAAAACUUGCUUUGAAGUGUUGUGAACUCCGGCGAAAAGACCGACCUGACUUGGGUACUGUGGUGUUGCCAGUGCUGAACCGAUUGAGAGAUCUUGCAUACCAGUCACUAUCAAAUCUAAUGGUAUCUGCACUGCAACAUAGAGGAUUACCAUGAUAGUUGUAUAGUGGUGAACUGGUAGCCUAUCGUCUCAUUGCAUUGGUGAUUGGACUGCUUACAUGAAGUGUGGUGAUUGAGUUCAAGUAACGUUACCUGGUCGCUUUGAGUUGAGCCAUUACCUACUCCAGUGUGGGAAUGCAUCCCAAUAAAAUCGGUUUUCUAGUUCUAGGCGCUAGCCUCCCUUCACUUGGUGCGUUUAGAGAGUCUUCGAGGAGAUGAUUUGAACGAAGUUGGUAACUGUCUCAUCACUAAUAUUAGACGAGGCCUCUUAUAACUACAAAGGAUAUUGAUGGAAUCUGGAUCACUUGUUUUUGGCUGGUUUCCAAACCCCUCCUCUUCACAGGUGAAUGUCUAACUAAAUAAGGGUCCGUUUGGUUCAAGUUGGAACUGGAAUCAGAAUUGGAAUCAGAUUGUCUGUUUGGUUCUGACAUGAAUUGGAAUCAGCUGGAAUGGGAGGGAGAGGGAAUGACCAUCCUUUCAAACGGGAGAAUGCCAUUCAACUUUGAAUGAGAAUGGGAUUUCGAUUCAGCUUAAUCAAACAAUUUGAAUAAAAUGGCCCAUUCCAAUUCCAAUUCCAGACCCUUAUUCUGGCAAAUCAAAUGAGUCAUAAGUGUUGUGACAGGUUAUACCGACAAACUUUGUACGGUUUGAGCUUGUAAUUUUUUUUUGGAUGAAUAAAAAUACAAUGGUUUUGAAUCAUUGUGGAUUUUCUCA